AUGCCGUCCAUCCAUCCCGCCAUCGACAACGGUAUCAAGAAGGGCGACCCCAACUUCUCCGGCGGCAAGCUCUACUGCCAUUGCCCCACCAAGAAGGUCGAAGUUACCCUCGCUGGCAACGUCGCGCACAACCACGCCUGCGGCUGCUCGAAAUGCUGGAAGCCAAAGGGCGCGCUCUUCUCCGUUGUUGGCGUUAUCUCUAAAGACAACGUCUCCGUGACUGCCAACGGCGACAAGCUGCACAUCAUCGACGAAUCAGCGGCCAUCCAGCGCAAUGCCUGCAAGCAAUGCGGCGUCCACCUCUUCGGUCGCAUCGUCGUCGACCAUCCAUUCAAGGGCCUUGACUUCGUCCACGUUGAACUCAGUGACAAGAAGGGAUGGCAGGAGCCGCAGUUCGCCGCCUUCGUCAGCAGCAUCAUCGAGCAGGGUUUCAACCCAAAGGAGAUGGACGCCGUGCGAGAGAAGUUCAGGAAGGAGGGUCUGCAGACAUAUGAUGUGCUUAGCCCAGCGUUGAUGGAUCUCAUCGCCACGUACACGGCGCAAAAGAGCGGGAAGCUGUCUUCGAAGUUGUAG